GCUCCAAUCUUGUGACGAAGUCAUGAUCCUUUCGGGAGGCUUCGGUGAUGACAAGGGAAGAGAGAAUGGAUAAGACGAUGAGAGGGGAAGCAGCUACAAUGGCAAGAAUUGCUCUUCUAGCCAUAAUUGCUCUGCUUUGGUUUCCACAAAUGAGAUCAGAUGCCUAUUUAUUGACUAACAGUUUAGAACCACUGGACCAGGCUCGUUCUAUAUUGGUUGAGAUGUGGGCUAUGUAAUAAUCAAGCUCAAUUUUCAUGGACCGUUAUGAAUUCAGAGUUUUGGGGCCCAAUCUUUAUGGUCUCAAAAUUAUCAGUUGCCCCGCUUCAACUGUCCAAAAGUAGCCCAAGCCCGUUACAGUCAGAGUGAUAGAGGAAUGUUCAAUGUAUGGAUUCUUCAUUUAUAACGCACUCCUUUUUCAAUAAUAGUUAAAAUCUCAUUUUCAUCCUUUUACUUUGAAGAAAAGAUCUUUUUCUAUCUUGUAUUUAAUAAAGCCCCUUUAAAGUU